ACACACAGCGGAACCCAAAAAAAUGGCAAUCAUGAACCCUAGGAAAUGGCGGUUCACAUGGGAAGCCCAAUCUCACUCUCCAACUCUCAGAUUAUUCCUCUUCGAUUCCCAAACAAAUCCAUCGGUUCAUUGUCUAGACCUCAAAGUCACCCUCAAUCUCUCGCAAUCUCACGUUUCCAUUACCUGGUUUUGUCAAAAAGACACGGAAAAUCAAGUCUCGCUUUUGGUUCCCAUACCAAAAGUUCUCAUCGACUGCGACUCUCCGAUUAGCUACCGAGCAUUGAGUGAUCACAUUGAAGUCAAGCUCCUGCUGCUUCUUCCUGUUGAUCACCCUAUUGUUUCCAGCAUUGAUUCUGUACUUAAUUUAACUGAAGAUGCUCGAAUUACAGAAUCUGGCAUGCCCACGCCACUCGUCAUGGAUUCUGAUUUAAAAACACUGUCAGCAAAGGAGGAGGGAGUACAUUUUUACUGCAGAAGUUGCUCAACUAGAUUGACUAGAAAACCUAUUAGACAUUUUGUGGAAAUGCCGUCAGUUAACUGGCAAGAGGUGGCUGACAACUGGUUUGGAGCUUGCUGUUGUUCAUUUGGUGGGAUAAGUGAGAAGUUGGUAACCAGUUAUGCAAAUUCCUACAUAUGUGUAACAGAUGUGUGCCUGUUAACACACACAACCAUUACCCUUUUCAAGGGUGAUCUUGAGGGAUUUAAAUUUUCUGAUUGUGAUGAGGGCCCAAAGCACCAGCCAGUACUGGAUUGUACUGUUGAAGAUUGUCCUAUUGAAUCAACACAAACUUCUGAAUUUAAUCAAGCAACACUUGAGGGCUGCGAUUGUCAAAGCAAUAAAAUGCAUGACCUUAAUGGAAAAUUAAGUCUCAUGUCUCUUAAGAAUGGAAAUGUUAGUACAGACCUUAAAUGUGAAGUCAAUGAGGGAGAAACUAAUGGAAACAGCCUAUUUGGUACAUUACCAGCAUCUGAUUUAUCUGACACUUGUUCACCUGGAUGUUGUGUUAAUACAUGUGAAAUUCCCAAAAAUUGCGGACCUACUGUGCCUGAACUAAUGGCAGAUCAGAGAUCUUUUCUCAAUGGCUUUCUCGGAAAUAUUUUCAUGGCUAAAUCUUACAAUCUCUCAAAGAAUAUUAACUGGCUUGAGUUUCUAUGUCCGCAGUGUUCAUCUCUUCUUGGAGCCUACCCUUGUAGUAGUGGUGAUGCUCCUAUAGAUGAUGGUGUUCGACUCUUCAAGUGUUACCUUUCCACUUGUUUGCCAGUCAGUGGAUCAGGUGACAUGUUUCGGAAUUAUACCUUGGAAAGAAUGUUCACAAAUCAGCUUCUUGAAAGUGCUCAAGACGAAUUAUCAUUUCGGACAGUCGUAAGGGAUUUUAACACCAAAUCCACCUGGCUACAAAUUGUUCUCAUAAAUCCCAGUUCGUGGUACUGUACUGGUUAUUGUUUGGGCGAGGACUGCUCAAUGGAACCAGUGCUCAAGUUAGAUCUGCACCCAAUUAUUAAGGUUCUGUUUUCUGAUUGCACCAGUAAUUCUGAAUUUCAAUCGAGGAUAUUAGAAGAAUGGCUAACAAAGAAACUAGCUGAAGAAGUUUUCAUGUUCAGACGCCAAAUAGAGGAGUUAAUUGAAGUUCUUGCGUCUGUAAAGGAUGUUCUUCCUCCUUCAUGUUCUUCCAUACAGGGUCUACCAUUGUCAUCAAUGUUGAGGUAAUGAUAAUCUGUUGGAUUAGCUAUGACCCUCUACGGUCUCCCAGUUUGAUAAAUGGGAAUGGGAUUUGAAGCUUUUAGUGUAAAGCAAAUUGUAUUCUUCCCUGGUUGGGGAAUAGUAGAUACUACAAUUUUUUGUGAUGAUAUCGGACAGGCUGAACCAGUUUAAGAGGUGUAGAAAAAAUUAUAAAUCUAGUGAUUUUUUUUUUCUCA